AUGUCUUGUGUUACAGCGAAGCACCCCACACUCUUCCCACUGACCCUCCGGAGCACUGAACCGGCCGACCCAGUGGUCAUCGGCUGCCUGGCCCAGGACUUCGUACCAUCAAAGCACACGAACGUGACCUGGGACAGCAGCGGGCCGGGCACCUCCAUCAGCACUGUCCUCCCCAUGUUCACCUCCCGGGGCCUCUACACCAUGGUCAGCCAGCUGACCCUGCCGGCCAGCCAGUGCCCGGCAAGCAGGACCCUGAAGUGUCACGUGCAGUACAACUCCAGCCUGAGCCAGACCAAGGACGUGCCCUGCAAAGUUCCCCCGAAGCCGACAUCCUCAUGCUGCCAGCCUGGCCUGACCCUGCGACCACCGGCCCUUGAGGACCUGUUGCUGAGCUCCGAUGCCAACCUGACGUGUAUGCUGAGUGGCCUGAGAGAGCCCCAAGGUGCCAGCUUUGCCUGGCAGCCCACGGGUGGGAAGGAGGCCAUCCAGCAGGCCCCGCAGCGUGACGCCUGCGGCUGCUACAGUGUGUCCAGCAUCCUGCCAGGCUGCGCCGAGCCGUGGAACCGCGGGCAGAGGUUCUCCUGCACUGCCGCUCACCCUGAGGUCACCAGCCCGCUCACCGCCACCAUCGCCAGAGCCUCAGGGAGCACCCUACCCCCCCAGGUCCACCUGCUGCCGCCACCCACGGAAGAGCUGGCCCUCAACGAGCUGGCAACGCUGACGUGCGUGGUUCGGGGCUUCUACCCCGAAGACGUGCUGGUGCGGUGGCUGCACGAGAGCCAGGAGCUGCCCCGAGAGAAGUACCAGACUUGGAGGCCCCUGCCCGAGGCCGGCCAGGGUGGCACCAGAUUUGUCACAACUAGCGUGCUGCGCGUGGACAUGGAGGCAUGGAAGAACGGGGACAACUACUCCUGCAUGGUGGGCCACGAGGCUCUGCCCCUGAGCUUCACACAGAAGACCAUCAACCGCCUGGCGGGCUUCCAGGAGUGGCUUCCCUGUGUGCUGAUAGACCAGCCCCAGGAGGACCGGGAGGAGGACGCCCCGGGAGCCAGCCUGUGGCCCACCACGGUCACCCUGCUCACACUCUUCCUGCUCAGCCUCUUCUACAGCACAGCGCUGACCGUGACAAGCGUCCGGGGCCUGCCCAGCAGCAAGGAGCGCCCCCCGUUCUGA